AUGCCACCAGCGGCACGAUGGGCACUGGGACAAGGCGAUGCCUUGAAGGGAGAUUGUCAGAAACAAACUGUGCAAGGAGUCUUCUAUUGGGAACCCGAUUUGACAGCAUGUGACCAUAAUCUCGCCGCUAGAUUGUUUGAAUUGGUGUUUGCGAAACAACAAGGCAACGACGUGUCUUUGUGGCUACCAAAAUUGGAUUCUGAAGCAAAUCUCAAAUCUUUAGUGGAGAUUGUGAAUCGAAACUCGGAGCGACUUGGAGAUUUGAAACUGGAGGUAUCCAGUUGGCCGGCAGCACCAGCCACCAAGCUCUCAUUGACAUGGAACACUAAGAAUGACCAAUCAUACAAUUCAAAGGAGACAACGGAGACUACUAGUAGCAGUCAAAUUCAGGCAUCCAUAAAAAAUACGGAAAAGUGGGUGGAAGAAAAGCUUUGUGGGCUCAGUCUUUGUCCCUACACGAGCUCACUACAAAAAGCAGCCGUUGGUCUGGGCAGUGCAGGAGUUGCCGAAGGUCCAAUUGUGAUUCGCCAUUCUGCUCCUCUCUUAGUAAAGGAUGACGAUAGAAGGAUGAAUCCUACAACAGCAGCCACAUUGGCACAUGCCUUUUGGCAGGGGGUCCAAGAGCUAGCCACUUUGCCGGAAGAAGAAGUUGCGACACUGCUUAUCCUUGCUCCGACAAAGUACGAUGACAACUUUGUGGAAUUUGCGGCGAUCUUUGAUGAUUUGCUGGAGCCUUCGAUUCAAGCAACGGGCUCAGAAAACAUUGUAGGAAGGGCCUUGUUCCACCCCACCUACGACAGUAAAAUAUUGGGGCACCAGCAGCUCUUACCAGGACAUGCACUUCCAGCCAAUAUGGUGGACAGGUUUUUUGAUCAGUACUUGUCAACUAUGGAGGGUGCCAAGCCGGACCUCGAGUCCAUUGCCAACGCCAAUGAUGCCGUUCGAUGGACGCCCCACGCUACCAUCAAUUUACUGCGCCGAUCACAGUUGACUGCCGCCAAAGAGGUAGAAGCGGCCUCACCUAAAAAGAAACCCAAUUGGAUUUAUGCACGAAAUGUUCUCCGAAUCCUAAAGACAGACAGUUCACUAUCAAGUACUGGAGAAAAAGAACAAUCAGAAAUGAAUCGAUGA